AUGGCUAAAUUAAAGUGGGUAUUGUUGCUUACAUUGUUUCUGUAUUGUGUUUGUUGUUGUGUUGUGAAUGGUCAUUCAUUUGUCAGUAAAACAUUUGAUCAAUUGGAUUCGACACUAUCUCUUGUUUAUGUUAAUGAUUACUUGACAGCUGUUGUGUGGAAAAAUGUGUCAGAAAAUUACAAUUUAACUUCAUCAAAAGAUGUAACAACAUUAAUGAAACAACACAAUUUACUCGAUAUUGCAUUUAUUCCAGCAUCACUAAAAAUGUCAACACUUUGGACGAAACUUAAUUCAGACUUUAAUCAAAAAAGAAUUGUUAAUUUUUAUGGUUUCGUAAAGGGAUAUGGGCAGAGAUUUCACAUUUUAGAAGAUUUUGAUAUGAUCAUUACAUCGAGGAAUUUGUUUUUGGAAAUGUUUAGAAAUUAUCAUAGAGGAAGUGGAAAGAGAACACCUGUUGGUCAUUUAUACGAAACUUCUGACUUUAACUUUAUUGAUCUUUAUCCAUAUUCUGUUUAUCAAGUGGAUGAAAAUGCAACUGGAUUGAAUUUAAGUAUUUCAGUUAGUCAACCAUCUUGUGUGAAUUCAUCAUCACUUUUAACAUCUUUCGAUUAUGAACCACCUUUAUUCAAUUCAUUUCGAAUAAUGAAAUAUGGAGGAGAAAUGGUUAGUGAUUAUGAUUUGGAAUGUUUGAAAAGCUGUGGGAAUAAUUUCAAAAUUUUAUCCAAAGUAGGUUUUCUUAAAUAUUGUUUCUAA